ACUUCUUUAACCUCACAUGCGAACAGACAAGGAACAGUGUCUGAAGAGGUUUGCUGACAUACAGGAUUUAUUUACAAAAUGACUGCUUAUACUUUUCCGAAACACAUACAUUUCUCUUAUGGCCUUUUGUGAAACAAGAAUUUCGAAAAACUAACUAUAAUCAUCUGAUGGCAAGACAGCAACAGACAUGUAUAAACAGCAUCUGUGCCACACCUGAGGGACAACUAAAAAAAAAAACUGAAAUUUCUUUACAAAGUGAAACUGCACCGGUGCCGCUUCCUUUUUAGAUGGAUUAUUAAACACAACAAAGAAAACAGAAAAUUUGGUCUUAAAAUCCAUGUAGAAAAUACGAUCAAUACAUAAGCUAUGUCCAUCCAAUGGAUGACGAAGAAGCAGCAAAAGACGUUCAAAAUCAAAGUUGUAACAAUGGACAAUGAGACGGAAUUAAACUGUGAGAUACAUUGGAAGGGAAAAGAUCUUUUUGAAUUGGUAUGUAGAAAUUUGGGGCUAAAGGAGACCUGGUUCUUUGGUCUGCAGUUCACAUCAGAUGGGAUGGAUACCUGGCUUAAAUUAGAAAAGAAGGUUUUACAGCAGGAAGUACCUAAAGAGGAUCCAAUAAAAUUCCGCUUUUUAGCCAAAUUUUAUCCAGAAAAUGUGUCUGAGGAACUUGUGCAAGACAUCACACAGCAUCUCUUCUUCUUGCAGGUUAAAAAGCAAAUUCUUGAUGAAGAGAUCCAUUGUUCUCCUGAAGCAUCAGUUCUUUUGGCAUCAUAUGCAGUCCAAGCAAAGUAUGGUGACUACAACCCUAAUAUUCACAAGCCUGGUUUUCUGUCUCAAGAUGAACUUUUACCAAAACGAGUACUCCAGCAGUAUCAGAUGACAUCAGAGAUGUGGCAGGAUAAAAUUACAGCAUGGUAUGCUGAGCACAGAGGAAUUGCAAGAGAUGAGGCAGAGAUGAAUUACUUAAAAAUUGCCCAAGAUUUGGACAUGUAUGGAAUGAACUACUUUCCAAUCUCACAGGCUAAGAAUGAUGCUGAUAUCCUACUCGGGGUUAAUGCAAAGGGCAUUCAUAUCUACAGCAGAGAGAACAAAAUCUCACCAUUAAAAUCUUUCAAAUGGGAUGAAAUCAAGAAUAUUUCUUAUAAUGAGAAAAAGCUAAAAAUUACACCAAUUGAUAAAAAACACGAUGCAUUCAAGUUCUACUCAUCAGAACAUAAAGUCAACAAACUGAUUCUUCAUCUCUGUAUUGGAAAUCACGACUUGUUUCUAACAAAACGAAAAGUAGAUUCUAUUGAAAUUCAACAGAUGAAAAAUCAAGCCAAAGAAGAAAAGGCCAGGAAGAAGAUGGAGCACCAGAGACUGGCAAUGGAAAAACAACUCCGGGAAGAAGCAGAAAGGGAGAAAGAAGACCUGGAGCGACGGCUAUUCCAGUUAGAGGAUGAAGCCAGGCAAGCCAACGAGGCUCUGCUUCGAUCAAAUGAAACAGCUGAACUGAUGGCAGAAAAAGCUCAGAUUGCAGAGGAGGAAGCUAAGCUCCUGGCCCGUAAUGCUGUAGAAGCAAGGCAAGAGAUGCAGCAUCUGGAGAGGGCAGUGAUGAAGAGCAAAGAAGAGAUGCGCCAAAUGGAGCAAAAGAUGAGGGAUGCUGAUCGGGUCACUGUAAAGCUAAUCAAUGAGACUGAAAGAAGAGCCAAAGAAGUUGAGGUUCUAGAGCAGGAACUGCAGAAAGCCAGAGAGAAUAAACAAAGAAAGCAGAGUCUUCUAGACCUUGGUACAGCUGUACUUCCUGUAAUUUCAAAGAGAUCUCUACUGGAAACCUCUGAAGGCUUUUCUGAUAGUAAGUUGUUGCGGCAGGACCCACCUGAAGCUGACUUCAAACGACUGUCACUGGAGAUCGAAAAAGAAAGAUUGGACUAUAUACAAAAGAGCAUGCAGCUGGAAAAACAACUAACUGAACUCAAGUUAGAAAUCCAAACUCUGAAGAAAGAGGACAGAACGCCAAGUGUUCUUUCCUUAUGGAAUGGAACCUUCAGUCCUCAAAAUAAACCAAACAGAAAUGGCUCUAACUGGAUGCUGGCAGAUGAACAGGUAUUCAGAGGUUCUGGCAAUACUUCUCCUCUGUACCCAGUGAGUACUGUCCGAAGCUGUCCAGACCCAGACAGGCGUUACUAUAGUACUCCAAGUCAACCAGUGCACACCAUGAUGUUCAGUAACAGUCUUGGCAGAAGGACAGAACGGAGUGCUAGGCAGGUUGGCCCGUAUGAAUUAGAUGUUAUAUACAUCUGAAUGCUGAUGACUAUCCUUUAUCUGGGCCAUUUAUGCUCCAAGGACUUGGGUACCAGUAUUAUGGUUUGGUGACUUUUCGAUGUGUACGUGGUACAUGGACAUGAUGUAACUCAAGUUGAUUACAUUCACACUGACUGUGUCGAGUAGCAAUUGCAGAGGCAGCUAAAUUAUACAGCCCAUCACUACUCCAUAUGUCUAAUUAUCACAGUCAAUUUUCCUUUAGCAUGGGCACUAGCCAUGAUUUAACCACUACCACUUAUGUGCUACAUGGUCGUCAUCCAGGAAUGUUUUUAUGCUUGCAAAGAUCUAUGGACAUCCAUUUUAUCUUAUUUUUUUUUUACAAAAUUCUAUAGAUAACAUGCAGGCACAAACCAUGUUGGUACUUAUAUGUGGAUUUAAUGUGGCAUUUAUGCAUAUGUGGUCUUAUAGCGACAAUAAUAAGCUGCAGAACGAUGAAAGACAAGGACUAAAACUUAUUGGAGUGAGAAGAUGCCUGCAGUACAAGCUGUGAUAGAUCAUUACCAGGCAGGAUACUGGAUGCUCACUAUGGGUUAAAGACAUCAGUUAGUCAUCAACUCCAAUGGAUUUUCAACCAUGCACUAAAUAUGACAACUGUUUACAUUAAUCCAUUAAAUUGCAUUUAGCUAUCUAAAAUGGGACUAUAAAAAAAAACAAAAACCAAUCACUGUAAUUUCUCCACUGGUAACAGAUGUAAAUACUUUCAAAUACCCUGAAAUUAGUCAACAAUCUGCACUUCUUCAUCAGUUUUUUUCAAUCCAGAUUUAUUGUGCCACCCUACAGAGCCAAAUAUGUGUCACUGUUUACACAGCUUUAAGACUGAUCUAUACAUAGUUACAUUAAAUUACAAAAAUAAUGUGAGCAAUAUAUGAAGCUUCUUUCCACAGAUAGGGCAGAUAAGACAAAAUGUAAAUAUGUUUAUGUAAAUCGGGUCUGCACUACAGUAAUAAAUUGCAGUGUUAACUAACAGUUCAAGCCUUUAGCCAUAUGCAAGCUUUAUCGAUAUCUUGAUCUUGUGGUAGUAAGGUUCUUGCCAUUUAUUUACAUUUCUGCUGCACUCAAUCUAAUACAGCACAGUCAUGCUUGUAAUAAAAGCUCAGUGGGGUUUAUGCAUAAAAAUUGUCACACCUGCUUUCACAUUUGUGCCAGUGUUGUGCAAAAUGCUCCAUUUUAUUAUGAAGAAAACGGUUACUCCACCUACUCAAAAAAA